AUGAGAACAAAUAAAAUUGAGCACGAAGUCGAAUCAUAAUUAUAUUCUACAUUUGAAAAAUUUCAUUUAAUAUUAGAUAAAACCAAAAAGCCCUUGAGAAAUAUAUAUAUCAAAUGGAUAAAAAAAAAUUUAGUGUGGAAAUUCUACAAAAAUUAAGUUUUAGAUUCCCUAAAAAUAGAUCCAUAAUAUUUUUGUCUUUCAAAGUUAUUAAUUUUGGGGAGAAAGUGA